AUGGACUUUGAAGAGGCUGAGAGACAAAGAGUCUGGCUUAUGUCGGGACAUAUUAAGAAACUUGGAUACUAAAAUGCAUGCACAACUGUGCUAUUCAACAAGUAUCCAACACUAGACAAAAUAGACACAACAUUCUACCCUACAAAUCCAGAUGGAACAAAAAACUACAAAAUUGUGGACUCCUCAGUUCUGGGAAUCAUCCCUGGAUCACUAGCUGAAACAUUCAAUUAUUGCUCAGGAGAUCCAACUGAUCCUGACUCUAAGUGGUAGAACCCUCACGAGCAAUAUGUGAUUUCCCAGAUGGGCAAGUUGCUAGGUAUUCAAGAUGUAACCGGAUACAUGUCUUCAGGAGGAACUGAAGGCAAUCUAGCUGCAAUCUGGUGGUGCAAAACUAAUCUGACGACUAGAAGUCAAUCGAAAAUACAAGAACUCAAGGACCGCAUCAAGCAACACAAGAAUUAACAAGAAGUAGAUUAUGAAGAGAUCUUAAACUUAAAAGAAAAAAUAUCAAAAUUGAGAAGACCAUAUAUAGUAGCAACUAAGUCUCCUCAUUCCCAUUUUUCUGUGAUUAAAGUUGCUUCAAUCAUAGAACUAAAUACCCUGUAUAUAGAUGGAAACGAUAAUGGUUCAAUGAAUUUAGACUCCCUUAGAGAUAACUUAAGAUCUGUUCAAAGUGAAGAGGACUUGACUUUCAUCGUGAGUAUCAACUUUGGAACAACCACUUAAGCAGCUUUCGAUGAUGUGUUUGAAAUUAGGAAGAUUUUUGAUGAAAUGAAAAAUCCUAACUGGAAAUAUGUGGUUCAUAUGGAUGCUGCAAUGUAUGGACCUACUCUGCCAGUUCUCAAAUAGUUUGGAGACAAGAGUAAUAGUUUGACUUCUUGCGGAGUUGAUACUGUAGCUAUCUCUCUCUGGAAAUUCCUUGGAGUCUAAAUACCAUGUGGAGUGAGUUUAUGUACAAGAGAAUUCAUUAAGCAAGGCUACGAACCCCUAAAAGCUACCACAUAUAAAGACUUUCCACUCGCUAACGAUAAUUUUAUACUCGCAGGAACCAGAUCAGGUAUUGCUGCUGCAGCUGCAUAUAACAUCAUCAAGACUUUCAAGUUAGAGGAAGGAUUAGACAUCUUGAAGAAGUUUAUUGAUUAUGAUAUUGAAAUGGCUAUUUACCUUUAAGAAUAGCUUGAGAAGAUAUAUGAUAAGAGUGAGAUUCGCAGAAUGUACUUCAACGUAGUUUUUCCUAGAAGGCAUGUUCCAGAAGAUUCAAUCAGUAAGUUUAUAUUAAUGAAGGUGGGAAAGACUGAAUUGUAGGCUAUCACACUGAUGAAUGUUAAUAGGACUCUCAUUGAUGAAUUUAUCAAUGAAAUACUAGCACAUAUCUCAAAUAAUGAAGUCGCUCAGGCUGUAUCAGAAUGA